AUGCUGCUUGCCAUGUUGGAAUACGACCGUGACACAGACCCACAGGGUCGUUUGAUGAUUGAGCUGCGCAUGGAUGCCUUUAAGGAGCGUUUGCAAGAAGUCAAGAAGAGGGAACAGACGCAAGCCAAGAAGCUAGAGGACGCCCGGAAGGCAAUUGCAGCAGCUGUGGAAAAAGGAGAGAUCGAACCAAUGGAGAAGGCGAUUCAAGUGGCAGAAGUGGAGACAACAAUGUCGGACGAGGAGUUGGUGGCGGCCAAAACACGGCUGGAGAGCUGGCGCGAGGCGGAUGGCCAGUUAUUGGAAGCGAUCUCGGUGCGAAAGACGGCGGUCAUUCGAAAUGCCUUGACUGCAGCCGAAGAGGCUGGCCUGAAGAACCAGAACUGUGAUGCAGCUUUGACUUUGUAUCGUCAGCUGAUCGUGGAAGCAGCUCAAGCACAGCUACAAGAGGCCUUGCAAGUUGGCGAGAUCGAAAACCUUGAGCAAGCCAUCGAAAAAGCUGAGAAGGACAUGGCCGGCAUUUCAGAGAAGGGUGUGAAAGAAGCCCGUGAGCAGCUGGGAAGUUGGCGGAAGUUGGAAGAAGAAAUCACUGCAGCUUGUGAGAGCAAAGUCCUCAGCGAGCUUAAGAAAGGGGUGGAUGCAGCUGCAUCGAUAGGUUUCCGUUCCCGUGAGGUGGCUUUGGCCAAGCAGCUCCUUGCUGAGCAAUGCGCAACUGACUUGGAAGAAUUGGAAUCUGCCAUGAAGUUAGGCAGCCCCAAGAAGCUCCAUUCUGUCCUGCAGGACCUUGCAGAGAAGAAUGAGCUCGCAGCAGAGGACUUGAAGCGUGGACAAGAGUGCCUGAAGGCUCAGCAAAGUGGUUACAAAGCUUUGGAGGACGCCAUGGCAAGUCCCCAAAUCGACUCGUUGAAGCAGGCUCUGCGGGCUGCAGAGGAGGCCAAGCUCCAGGGACCACUACGAGAAGAGGCGGAGAAGAAGCUCCAGGAGAUGGAGCAAAACAGCGAACUGGAACAAGCCUUGCAGGAGGCUGAUCGGAUAGAGGCUCAACCGUGACUUGGAGAUCCUGGAUCCUGGGGUGUGGUCUAAAAUAUCGCCGUAGAUCGCAACUCCUCAAGCAUCAUUGUCAUUGGUGACACCUCUUACUGUCGUUAAUGCCAUGCUAUGGAGUCUCUCUAGUCUCCCUAGGUUUGAACAGUCUAACUAUGAAGAGCCAAUUUCUUAUAUAAACAUGUGCCAGAGAUUAUUUAAACCAUGGUUUGGAUUCUAU